CUCCCACUCCCCUCCCCCUCUCAUCUCAGCGAUCAGACUGUACAGGUACCAUCGCCGACCGAGAGCGGCUAUUUUUCCCUGAAGAAGGACCCCACUCGGCCAGCAUCCCAUGUGCUCCAACACUAGCACUGUUCGAGGAAGGAACCGAUCGGAACGAUGCUAACACCUCCACAACCUGGCAGUCUUUCGCCGCGAACCAGAAGAUCCUCCUCAGAAGACAUACCCACCGAACUCCUGGACGCCAUAUUUGGCUUUGUGAUAGACUCCCAUGACCUCUAUUCCUGCUGCUUGGUCAAUAAGCAAUGGUUUGCUUCUGCCAACGCUUUCAUUUGGAGGGAUAUUCACGCGGGAAACAUGGCAAAAGAUCCUGGCGAAACCGAAGCAGCUCAUGACAGAUUAUCGGCAAUCCAUACAGACCGUCUCGGUGUACGCGCACAACCAAGAGGUUGAUUCGUCUGACUACAAGCUUCCCGGACUCGUCAAAGUGCUGCACAGCUGUCCGCGACUGACGGUGCUACAUCUGAACCUUCCGGUCAUCAACGACGACGGCCUCUGGUCGAUAUCCGCGAGCUGCAAGCAACUGGUGGCAUUGUCGCUUGUGUCGGGCUCGCACAGCUCCGGUUUCGUUAGCGAUGACGGGUUGAUGGCCGUCGUCAAAAACUGUCGCCAUAUCAAACACCUACGACUGAAAAGCGCGCGAAACGCGUUCACAGAGUGGGGAUUCACAGAGCGGGGGUUUCGCGCCGUGGCAGAGGCGUAUCGCGGGCAACUGCGGACAUUUGCGCUGGAAUGGACAGGCCUGGGCCUCGCACGACUCGUCCAUGUCGAUACAGAGGACGACAAGCGGAUCAAAGAGGCGCUUGGGGAGAUCAUCACCGCCAACCCGCAGCUACGGUCUCUCCAGCUCGACUGGCCAGUCGCCAUUGACGACACCCUCCAAGUCGCCGCCGACACCCUCACAAAGCUCAAUCACCUCCGCCUCGGCAAUAUCAUCAACACCCGCGCGGCCUCUACGCUCCUCGAACUUAACCCGCACCUCGAAUCCGUCACCCUCACCGAACUCCCUACCACCAACCCCAUCGCCGACUUCCUCACCCCCCUCCUCCCCCAUGCCAAUCUCACAACCCUCACCCUCGAUGGCAUCGGCUUCCUCUCCACCCUCCUCCCCACCCUCGCCCAAUUCCCAAACCUCACCCACAUCCACGCCACACCCUCCCGGCGCGCCGCAUCCGUCCACCACCACCUCGUAGACGCCCACGUCGCGCUCAUCGCACAGGCAUGCCAUAACCUGCAGAGCCUGACCGUGCCCAUCGCCACCGACGGACCCUUACUCAAAAUCGCGGGGCAUUGUCCACAUCUCACCCACCUCGACCUCCGCGACGGGAAGGAUAUCACCGACUCGGCGCUUACACUCCUCGUCCGUCGAUGUACCCGUGUCACAUCCCUCCAUCUCGGCGCACUCCAGAACACGCGCAUAACAGACGCGUCAACCACACAACUCGCUCACUCCCUCCCACAUCUCCAACAUCUCUCACUACCUUUUGCCAACAACAACAUCACACACCGCACCUUAGCCGCCCUCGCCGAACAUUGUCCGGACCUGGAAACGCUGAUGAAUGUGCCUGCGAGGGUCGGGUAUGGCGCGCUGGUGAAGUAUGUCCCCAUGAUAAGAAGGCUGGGCGCGCUGGGGUUGUGUGUGGGAGCUGGGGGGUGGAAGGAGCAGUUGGGGAGGGAGGAGGUGGAGGAGUUGAGGGCGCGGUGUGGGCGGUUGAGGAGUGUUACGUAUAUUGGGUGAGGGGGAUGUCUGUAUGUCGUAAGAUGGCGUUUGGGUUGCUUGUGGAAUGAUUGUAUUUUGCGAAUACCCGCUAUGAUAUGUACAAUACAUCCACACACGCCGCAUUCGGGGUGUGCUUUGUCCACCCCCACCCCCCAUGGCACUACCCGACAAUCAGCGGCUCGACAACGCCCACCCACUCCUCAUGCCACCGCGUACGCCCGAACGCCUUGGUGCCGGCGCGAAGGGAUGUCAGAGCGGGUGUUGGGAUGUGUGGUGUAGUUUUUGUUGAGGAUGUGGAGGGUGUGGCGAGGAGAGACUGUGGUAAGGGAAGAGUUAGAUGU